AAAGCACAGGUCAAAGGCUGAGUGAAUGAAUGCAUGUGGUGUCAGGGCAAGAGUGUAUGAAUCCUCACGUUCCCCAACAUUCCUUCACUUUCCUGUUUUCUCUAUGUUUCCGUCGCUCUAGGGAUUUGCAUUUGCUCUGGUAUGCGCUCCGCGAGAUGCCGUGAGUUUCAAUUGUUCGCCGGUACGCUGCUUCUCUUCUUUGUCCCUGCUUCGUUUGCUGCCUCCCGUGAAUGUUGAAGAAUUUCGAGAAUCUGGUCUCUGUGUCAUGGAAGACAACUUAUGUGCUGCUGCAUUAAUGGACUCCACAACCUCUAAGAUAGAACAACUACAAAAAGCAUUUGCUGAACUUGAAAGUCAUCGGGCAGUCAACCUCAAUUUGAAAUGGAAACAGCUUGAGGAACAUUUUCAUGGGCUUCAGAAAUCUUUGAAGAGGCGAUUCAAUGAACUGGAAGAACAAGAAAAGGAUUUUGAAACAAAAACAGCUGAGUCCAAAAGGAUAUUGGAGGAACGGAAAGCAGCUGUCGUUGCCAAGGAGCAAACUUCACUUCAGAAGCUUCAAGAGCAGCGAGAUGCUGCUGUCUCGACCAUUUGGACUACCAAUAAGAAGAUUGAGAAGCCUAUUUCUUUGGAUUUCAGUGUCACCAGCUGCGAGGACCAAGUCGAAGCACGGGUUGAUGACCAUACAAUGCCUGUAGUUACUAAAAAUAGGAUAAGUGCUAUCAAGAAACCUCAUGAACAUAUAAAUGUGCAGGUGAAGUUUUAUCCUGAGCUCAUUAAAUUGUGUCAAGAGAUGAAUUCUGAUGGACUCCACAAAUUUAUAUCAGACAACAGGAAGGAUCUCGUUACAUUGAGGAAUGAAAUUCCUAUUGCAUUGAAGGCUGCACCAGAUCCUGCCUCUUUAGUUUUAGACUCUCUUAAUGGUUUCUAUGCUUUAGCCUUAGAUGUUAAAAAAGGGUCGAACCUUCUAGGCCUCCGCAGAACCUGCAUUAUGCUGAUGGAGUGCCUUUUCAGUUUCUACCAGAACGCAGGUGCCCACUCUAUUUAUGAUGUUAUUUCAGAAAAUGCUAGGGAACGGGCAAAAUCCAUAGCUGAAGAGUGGAAACCAAAGUUAGAUUAUCUUGAUAUGGAUGCAAGCAACGGGAAUUCCUUGGAGGCUCAUGCCUUUCUACAACUUCUGGCUAGUUUUGGAAUCAGUACAGAUUUUGAUCAGGAACUUUUGUUCAAAUUAAUUCCCAUGGUGGCUCGCCGGCGGCAGACAGCUGAGUUGUGCCGCCAUCUUGGCCUUUCUGAUAAAAUGCCAGGUGUGAUUCAUGUGUUGGUAAGAAAUGGACGACAGAUUGAUGCUGUCAACUUAGUCUUUGCUUGUGAGCUCACCCAUCAAUUUUCACCAAUCUCAUUGCUUAAAUCAUACUUAUUCGAGGCCAAGAAAGUACAUUCGGUCUCCAAAUCUGGAAAUACAUCCCCAGCUGCUUCUUCACAGAAUGAGAAAGAGCUGCUGCUAGUACUGAAAAGUGCGAUCAAGUGCAUUGAAGACCACAAGCUCGAGAGCCAGUUCCCCGUAGGUCCUCUCCACAAACAGGUGCUGGAAAUCGAGAAAGCCAAGGCAGCCAAGAAACAAGAAACAGAAGGUGCAAAGCCACAGUCCAAACGAUCAAGGGCCAAUACCAUCGCCCGAAUUGCUAACGCUCCCAAUGAUAAGAACCACCACUACCCAACAACUGAAAGGUACCCUCACUACGUUUACUAUGCAGCUGCACCGGAGCACCACUGCCUCCCAUCAUACAUCCACGCCCGACCCCAUCCCCAUCCCCACCCCCAUACCCAUACCCCUGCAGUUUACAACUUCUCUCUGAGCCCGGCCAACUUUUUCGGCUACCAGGCUAUCUACAUGCACUGAUCCAUUUCAAAGGUUAGUGUUUAUUAAUCCUUUAACCUGAUUUUUUUUAGCAUAUUUAACAUGCUUGCGCAUAGGAUUUACUGUUAAUUAAUUUGUAGAAGCUGAUUAUAUUAGCACAUGUAUUGUUUCAGGUCUUUUAAUUUAGUGUUUCUUCCAUUGUUGACAUUUGCUUUACUUCUUAUUAUUACAUAGAAAUGGGUUGGGUUAGACCA